AUUUGAUUUGAUUUGAUGCUUCAGAAGCUGUGUGAUGAGACUGAGACAUGGAUGUGAUGAGGCAGACCUUGUGUGAUGAGUCUGAGACGUGGAAGUGAUGCUGCAGAUGCUGUGUGAUGAGACUGAUACGUGGAUGUGAUGCUGCAGACGCUGUGUGAUGAGACUGAGACGUGUUUUCACUCGCCGGGAGGAGGACAGGAAGAGGUGAAGAAACCACAUCAGAGUAGAGGAGUGGGAGGACAGGAGGAGGAGCAAAAGAGCGAGAGGAGAGAGAGAGAGAGAGAGCAGGGGGAGGAGAGAAGCAGGAAGAGAAGGGUAAGAGGAGAGAGAGCCAUGAUAGGCACACCUCUGCAGAGGAAAGCCCCAGCAUCAUCAAAGAUGGCUGAGGCUGAACUUCACAAGGAAAGGCUCCAAGCCCUCGCGGACAAAAGGAAAAGACAGUCAGAGAUAGAGGACAGGAGGAGACAGCUGGACCAUCUGGUGCUGCAGCUACAACAUCUCAAGUCUAAAGCCAUGAGAGAACGCUGGCUCCUACAAGGCACGCCCCCUGGAACUAACGACGAAGACGAUGGUCGAAGAAGACAGCUGGAGAAGGACGAAGAGCAGGGGAAGAGACUGGAGGACACUAUUCACAGGUUGGAGUCAGAGAUUGGUCUGUUGGAGAGCGAGGAGGGUCAGAUCUCAGCGAAAGAACAGAUCCUCAGAGAGAGACUGAAGAAGACAGAGAGGUCCAUAGAAGACCUACAGAAAAGUCUUCAGAAUGAACAUGAUGCUGUGAGUAACGUCAGUCUCCAGCUCCCAGACCAUCUCCCAGGCCAGCCGGACAUCAGAGACUCCUCCACCACCUCUCCUCACCAGGCCCCAGCCUCAGCAGCACCUGCCUCUGGGGAGCAACCAAGGAAACCUGCGAUGUACGCCAUGGAGAUCAACGUGGAGAAGGACAGGAAGACAGGUGACACCAGGAUCCUGUCAGCGUCUUCCAUCAGCCCUGACGAGGUGCCCCAGCGUGGGGUCAAGGUCUUCGACGACGGCCGGAAUGUUGUCUACGAGGUCCGCUCGGUGGGGUCCACCACCCUGGAGAACGGGGUUCACCCCUGGAGCUCCCAACAGGUGGACGAGCUGAUGCAUCGGGUCGGGGGGCCCGCCAGCCAGACUGAGGUUACCGUCACCCCCGAUGGCGCUGGCGACCCCAAAACCUCCCCCAGCUCUGCUGACCGCGCCGAUGAGCUCCCAACCACCUACACCACCCCCCCAGCCGUCCAUAGCCCUACCACAACGGCCCACAAGGUGCCCCAGGCUCCAGGCGCCCCCAUCACCACCCAGCCUCCACCCAGCUGGGAGGUGACCUACGAGGGGGAGGUGACGGAAGCUCCCCAGGCCACGGCAGAGAAGCCGAUCACGAUGAUCUUCAUGGGCUACCAUAAUGUAGAUGACCAGGAUGAGACCAAGAGGCUGCUGGGAUUCGACGGCACCAUCAAGGCAGAGAUCGUCCUGAUCGAUGACGACGAUGAGAAGUCGCUACGGGAGAAAACGGUCACCGACGGUUACUCCAUAAUGGAUGGCAACGCCGCCGACCUGGUGUCCGGCGCCCGGCCGCUCAGCGACACCACCGAACUGUCGUCGGAGGGGAAGGACGAGAGCUCUGCCACGACCACCAAGGAACUCCCCUCCCCAGCAGGUAAAGGACAGACUCCUCAAGCGACCAUGACUGCCGGAAACAGAAUCAUUUCUAAACCAGCCAACACUGCUAUGAAAUCCUCCAAGGUAUCAGAGGAUGCCAGCGGUGAUCUGAAGAGAGACAGAACAGAGAGAAAGAGCGUCAGUUUCCUUGACUCUGUCAGUGUGAUCUCAGCGGGCGGAGGAGACAGCACUAUGGAGGUGGAGGCCCACCCUGAGACCUGCUACACCAGCCAAGGGCUCAACAGCCUGGGCAAAAAACACCAGACCCUGGACACAGAGGUGGCCCAGGAGAUAGCCUACCUGGAUGAGGUGUUGGAGGCUAACUGCUGCAACCCAGGCUUUGAUACCAUGCCAUCGCCCUCUAACGGGACCGCGAAACCUGAGAGAGACCCCAGGGAGGUCAGUAUCGACGGAACCGGGCCGUCUGUCCACGUCUCCAACACAGACACACAAUCCCCACCGACCAACCAUGAGGUCACAGUAGAGGGCAGGAAGCAGACCACCUUCAUAGACCACCAGGAAGUCAAUAACACCAGUAACCCCAGGCCCGACGGCCACUCUGGACCAAUGGGAGCGCAUGAGAACUACAGGGAGCAGGGGGGAGAGACAACAUCCCCCACUGUGGCCAUCAAGAAGGAGGCGCGUUUCGAGCUGCGGCCGUUCCAGGAGGAGAAGAAACCUUCCAAGCUGUUCGACCCUUGUGAGAAGGAGGUGCGAGUGAAGAAGGUGCGUCCGUCGGAGGAAGUGGCAGAGCUGGAGAGGGAGAGGCUGGAGCUGAUCAGGGGCCAGGCGGUAAAGAAGAACCCAGACAUGGGGACAAAAUGGUGGAACCCUCCUCAGGAGAAAAGUCUGGAGGAGGAGCUGGAGCCGGACAAACUAGAGUCACACAGGAAGUACGAGGAGAGGAAGCAGCAGCGGAGGUCAGAGUUCACCUGGGGGUCAUCCCAGACGUACGCCCAGUACUCCAUGACCUUUGACCCCGGCUUUGACCCCGAGUCCAACCGCGACCCGGCAGAGGUUCUCCAGAGCACCAAGGACGACAUUGUGGUGGAGCAGAUUGACUUCUCUGCAGCCAGGAAGCAGUUCCUCCAGAUAGAUCACUCCAGGCAGCAGCAGCAGCCGGCCGAGAGGUCACAGGUCACAGCCUCCAACAGAGUCGUGGCACCUCAGCUCUACUCGGCCAAGCCCUUCUCCAGAGCGCCGGACAGCGUCACCCACGUGGAUCGAUCCUCCGGCUCCAUCACGGUGGGCUACAGUAGUUACCUGGGCUCGCCACUAGAGGCCAGCGACGUCGCCACCACCACCAAUACGGUCAGGACAGAGAGGAUCUACUGCAGCCAGGGAGAGGCCCAGUCCCCCAUUACUACCUUGGGACAGGAAGAGCCCAGGAACAGCGGCCUCAAGGAGGCCUGGACGGACGACAGAGAAGGUGAUGGAGACUUCACCUGCGCCCGGGCUGUCAGGACCAUCCUGAAAGACGAGGGAGUCUCUGAGCUGUGUUCCUCCUCCCACUCCUUCCACUCCCACAGCGCCUCCCUGUCCUCCUGCCACCCAGAGGAGUGUGACUCCGGGCUGGAUGUGCUCUCCUUGCGUUCCCAGGAUACUACCGUCCUGGAGACCCUGUCAAACGACUUCAGCAUGGACAACGUCUCCGACAGCGAUGCGUCCAAUGGGACCAUGUCGGCCUACCUGGGGGAGACGUCUCUGGGGGAGUACUCCUUCCCCUCCACCCCCCAGGCCACCACGCCCGUCAACGGCAAGAUGGAAGGAGGCACCCCCAGGUCCCCCGGGGAGCGGAGCCUGGGUCGGGGUCCGUCGGAGGAGGAGCUGGAGUACCAUGCAGGGAUCCUGGUGCAGAGUGCCAUCCAGCACGCCGUGAUGAACCAAUCUCAGCAGGGGGUCCCCCGCGCCGCCCCACAGUCCUCCCUCUACCCCCUCCCAGAAAGGCACCUAGACUUAGACGUCCUGCCGCCAUCUUCUGGGAUGCUCACAUCUCCACCCCUAGACCACCCUCCACCACUCCUAGACCUCCACUCACCUCCAUCCCCCCAGCUCCGCUCACCCCCAAGCCCACUGCAGCAGUGUCCAACACCCCAUCAGUCCCUCCAGUCACCCCCACCCCAGUACCAAUCAACUCCAUCACAAACCCCCCAGCAGCAGUCCCCCCCAGCCCAGUUCCAGUCAAGUCCAACCCAACAUCAGUCUCCUCCCCCCCAGCAGCAGUCUCCUCCCCCCCAGCAGCAGUCUCCUCCCCCCCAGCAGCAGUCUCCUCCCCUUCAGCAGCAGUCUCCUCCCCGCCAGCAGCAGUCUCCUCCCCCCCAGCAGCAGUCUCCUCCCCCCCAGCAGCAGUCUCCUCCCCCCCAGCAGCAGUCCCCCCCAGCCCAGAUGGAGAGAUCUACCUACACCCCCAAGAGGUCCUCUUCCGGAGGUCCUAAAAUCCUCGUCCAGUCCGCCCUCAGUCGCUCCCUGGCCCUAAACCCAGACCCCGUCCCAGUCCGCACCCCCGUCCACAUCCCUCCCCGUCCCGUAGAGCCCUACCAGCCUCCAGAGCUGUCCCCGACCCCCAGCGAGAAGGACCAGUUCAGCUUCUUCUCUAAGUACUCCGAGGCGGCCGAGCUCCGCAGCACCGCAGCAGCUACCAGAACCCAGGAGACGGAGCAGAGCACUGGGCCGUUCAAGCUGCGCUCCCGGAAGCAGAGGACUCUGUCCAUGAUUGAGGAGGAGAUCCGCGCGGCGCAGGAGAGAGAGGAAGAUCUGAAGAAGCAGAGGCAGAGCCUUGGAGCGGUGCGAUCCGGACCGGGCCCCAGAACUAACCAGACAGGCAGGCCCAAGACGAUGACUAUCAACUCCUGGGACAAGCAGAAGACCAACAGCCUACCCGCCAAACUAAGCCUCUCAGGCAGCCUGCCGCCCACAAAACUCACCCUCACCAGCAAGACGGCACCAGGUAAGAUAGAGAAGAUGCGUCCUGUGCCUCCUGCUUCCCCCUCCUCGUUUGAGGGUCCCCUGCCCUCGCCGCUCUCGGACCUGGGCAGUGACGACUCGGGGGGCAGCGGUCGCCCCAAAAACUUCAUGCAGACCCUGAUGGAGGACUACGAGACUCACAAAGUGAAGCGGCUGGAGAAAGUAGAGGACAACAGUUACGCCUGUUUGAUGCUCUCUAGGAAGGUUACUACAGAGGUGCUGGAGGCCACCCGCGUCACACGCAGGAAAAGCAACAUGGCGCUGAGGUGGGAGGCGGGGCUUUAUGCUAAUGAGGACGGAGAGGAAGAGGAAGAGGAAGAGGAGGAGGAGGAGGAGGAGGAGGAGGAGUAGACUGCUCUCCCUUGUGUUCUGUGACUGUCAGGAGUGGAGGGAUGGAGAGAUGGAGGGAUGGAGAGAUGGAGGGAUGGAGAGAGAUGGAGGGAUGGAGAGAGAUGGAGACAGCAAGACAACCACAAGUAUUUAUUUUACUAAGUAUUCUAAUCACAUGACCUACUGGAUGGACCAACCAGGAAGUAACAUCCAGCCCCACACUGGAAUACAGAGAGACCCAUGGGAUACGGCUGGUUGAGUAUUGGUUCAACACAGAAACAUACACUCAGAAAAAAAGGAUGCUAUCUAAGGAUGCUAUCUAGAACCUAUAGAGGACCUUCUUCGGCUGUCCCUAUGGAAGAACCCUUUUGGUUCCAGGUAGAACC